UACUGGGAUAUGUGCAGAGAUUUCGUGCAACCUCAAAGCGACUGUUUAACGAACCUGGAUUUUCAAUUAGAACCUGCUUGCUGCAGCCUCCUAAUUCUAGUUAGAGAGUUCCUGUCGGAAAGGAGGUGGGAGGCAGGGGGUUCGUUGCUGAUGCAGUGAAGAUUGCGUUUAUCUCGUAUUAUCUGUUAGCACACUUCUUAGCUUUGUGCUAACACAACGCUGGGGGCAUAUGUGCGCUGGAUGACUCUAGCCUACUUCUCGCUUCCGUGUGACAUAAUUCGAGUGCCUAAUUUGAAUUGAAACUUGAUAGCAAUGAUCGACUCUCCAGCUCCCGACCCCUGCCCGGUCCCAGACCCCACUGUGGUGGAUCCCUCGGCUCGCAACGGACAGUGUGUCCCUCCAAAUGAACAACAUUCACCCAAAACGGCAAACCAAGGAGACACCUUCACCAUGGACCAGGAGAUGAAAAUAAGCGACAACGUUGAGGGCCAAGGUCUCCUGGAGAGCAGCAUGCGACUGAAGCCUCACGAAGCACAGAGCUACCGCAAGAAGGCACUGUGGGUGUCGUGGGUAUCCAUCGUGGUGACGCUCAUCCUCGCGGUGGCCGCAUUCACUGUUUCCAUUAUGCGGCACAGUGCCUCAGCCUUUGGAUUUGCUUUUGACGCCACCUUGGACGUGCUGUCCUCCAUCAUCGUACUGUGGCGCUAUAGCAACGCGGCCGCUGUGCACUCCGCCCACCGGGAGUACAUAGCGUGCGUGAUUCUGGGUGUGGUGUUCAUCCUGUCCUCCAUGUGCAUUCUGGGAAAAGCCAUCCAUGACCUGGCCACCAAGUUACUUCCUGAAGUGGAUGACUUCCUCUUCAGUGUGUCCAUCGUGAGUGGCAUCAUAUGUGUCAUCCUGGCUGUGCUCAAGUUCAUGCUGGGGAGGGUACUGACAAGCCGGGCCCUCAUCACCGACGGUUUCAACUCCCUUGUCGGGGGGGUCAUGGGAUUCUCCAUCCUCAUCAGCGCAGAGGUUUUCCGGCACAAUCCGGCGGUCUGGUACCUGGAUGGGACAGUGGGCGUCCUGAUUGGCCUGAUCAUCCUGGCUUAUGGAGUAAAGCUGCUGAUGGACAUGAUUCCCCGGGUGAGGCAGACGAGGAACUACGAGAGGUUCGAGUGAGAGAGGGACCCCAGCACUUGGAGUGUGGUGCAAGGAGGGGCGGGGCUCUGUCCAAGCUCCGCCCCAUCAGGCACACGCAUGAAAAGAGACUCAGAGGACAAAUAUAGACCUUAAGGUGCCAGUGGUAUUUCAGUUCAAAGCAAACCUCUCAUUUUUCCUGUGUCCUUUUGCCCUGCUGUGUUAUUUAUGGCUAUGAACUGAAGAGGAGAAGCUGAGAGGGAAGAGCCUCACCUUUCACCCUGUGGGGUAUUGGGCGGAGCGCUGGUUCAUCACAUCGGUCUAAUUCUGCUCCCAGUGUCCCCACCUCUGCCCUUCCUGCUGACAAUUUAAGACCAGCUGGGAUUAUCAACUGGUAUAAAAUGGUUUAAGAUGAGUUUUCAACAUUUCUAGCUGGUCUGCGGCUGGUCAAAGCUGGCCUGUAGCUGGGCAAAGCUGGCUAAACUGGUUAAGCUGGUAGAGUCAGCUGGUGGUCAAGAUGCUGGAUUAGCUGACUAUAGGCGGGUCAGCUGGUGAACAGCUGGUUGACCAGCUAAAAAGCGUUGAAAACACAGCUGAAAUUAGCUUGACCAGUUUAGGCUGGUUUUAGCUGGAAUUUUCAGUAGGGCUCUCUAUGAUGUUCUGCAAACGGUAGACUGCAUUCUGGGUUAGCCACGCUGAAAUCAUGUUCAAGUAACUAAAAUCAAAACCGCAGAUUCCCCUGCAAUUACGUGUGCUUCUGAUGUUUUCUUCUAAAAAUACUGCCCAUUUUACGCUCCUGGUUCAAAGUGCUCAACGAGUUUCUCAUCUGCAUGGUGUUAGACGUGGUCUGGCAUGAAUAAGUAAUGAGUUCUUAGCUUCUAGCUAGGCCCAUGAAAAAGGCCUUAACAGGGCACUGGCCAACCUUUCUCCAGCACUCACUCACUGUUUACUUCAUCUUUUGAGAUGACUGUAUUAAUGAUGUAUAAUGCCAUCUUUUUGAGCGUGCAUUAAUAUUGUAGAAAAACUAAAGGAAAUCACCAACAUUUUGGCAAAUAUGCCUUUUUUCCGACCCAGACUUGAUUUCAUUCAUUUUUGUGCAUUUACUGGCUCAAUUUACAUGUUAGCGUAACAUGUUUCCCCCGCACGUGUGUUUCAAAUACACAUGAUACCUUUGGAGUUGCUGUGAGGUGCAUUUCUGUACUUUGAAGAAGGUAGGUUACUGACUCCUAUAGGCUUCAUGUCUUUAUGCUAAGCUAACACGUCAUGCUAACUUUGAAACCAAGCCAGUGAAUGCACAAAAAUGAAAAUUUAAUCUUAUUUAAGUCCCAAAAUGUUGGUGUAUUCCUUAAUAUGGCACUGGCCAACCUUUCCCCAGCACUCAAUAGAAACCUUUUAUUUUACAUCUUUUGAGAUGACUGUAUUUAUGAUGUAUAAUGCCAUCUUUUUCAGCAUACAUUAGUAUUGCAGAAACUUGAGAUGUUUACAUUGAUGAUGUAGAACACUGUAUCUUUUGAAAUUAGUAUAUUAAUGAGGUAGAAUACUUUAUCUUUGGAGAUUAUAUAAUAUAUAACUGUAGAACACUGUGAGGGAGGUACAGUUGGUCAUUUAGUGUUGAGUAGGCACAGCAGUCUACCCGUGUGGAAAUCAGGGGCUUUACCAGCAUUUAAGCCCCAAGGCAGCCGUACCAACCGCCCUUUCAAGAUAUACUUCGGAAAUCCCUAAAUGGGAAAGAAGCGCAGAACGUUGACAAGAAUGUGUUGACAUCAGGAAAAAAAACUAACUCAGAUGUUCAUUUAAAAUAUAAUUGGACAACUGAAUAUGAAUAUGAUUUGAAUAUGACUUAGUGGUUUCUGAGCAGAGCACAACUCAGUAAGUUAAAAAACCAGCCAAAUGGAGAAACUGUGGAGAAAGUUCUCUAUAUAAAGUUAGACCAUUUAGACAUUAUUUUUGUUUUUGCUCAAAACACAAUUAUUUAUCAUUUAAUUUUUUUGUUCUUUCCAGUUCCUUGUGGUAUCUUGAGACAAGCAGUGAUCAUGCAUUUACAUUUUCAGCAAAUUUAUCAGGGCCAGUUAGCAUAAUGAUAAUGAAAUACUAGAGACAGAAACAUUUUGUUAGUUUAUUUCAAGGGAUGGCUGCCUCAGAUUAAUUUGUCUGGUUUUAUUUAUUUAUUUAUUAUUGUUUAAGAUCUGUGCUGAAUUAGAACAAUUCUAAUUCUCUCCCUGGCAAACUAUGAAGGAACUUUGACGAGGGAAGAUUAGGUGUGUGGAAUGAAGUUGCAGCUUUUUUCCACAGCCUUUUGAGAAAAAAUGCUGAUCGGAUUUCAAGCGUGAAGUUUUCCUCAAUUUGAUUAAUCUGGCCUCAUUUAGCCUGUAUGUUUCUCUAAUACAGCAUUGAAAAAAAUGACAGUUCUUCCUACUGUAACACAAGUAGCACAACGGAUCAUUUGUGCCUAUCAGAGAAGUUAUUAUUGAAUGGUGACUGAAAUUUCAAAGCCGUAUAGGCUUAAGUCUAAUGGGAAACAUAAAACUGUAUGGUAUCAACACAAAAUAAAUUUAAUUUAUUUUUCAGUCUACAAUCAGGGAGCAUUUUACCUCCAAAAUGUCACGAUAUAUAUACAUAUUCAACUGCACUUACAAAAUGAAAAAUUUACUUGCUGUCUUCUACUUCCCAAUGAGCAUUUAAGAGAUUUAAAUAUAUUUAUGCGGUCGAUUUAAUGUUAAUGUACCAUUCAUACAACAAACUGUAUUUUUUUUUCUGAAUGUGAUACCAGCACCUUUUGUAUAUACAGUAAUUAUUGUACAUAUAGCCUAGGACAUGUUAAUAUUGCCAUUGUCUGUUUAAGGAGAUGCCUGUGAAAUUAAGCAAGUUAGCAAUGGCAUAACAGAUUAAUAUUAUUGUGUUAUUUUUCAAAUGAGGUUUAAAAAUUGUGUGUUUUCCCAAGUGGUAGAUAUUACUGUAAACUUUGGUUGUAGAUCUAUACCAUAUAGAACAUGUGCACAGUGGAGUGAGAGUUGCAAGUACUGUAACAAAAACAUUUUCUCCUUGCCAGGAAACACAUGAAUGUGAUCUGUAGACGGCUUGUCUGUUCAGCUCACCAACAGGUCCUCUCCUGCCAUCGAGUCUUUCAAAGCUGUCUUUCAAAGACACCUGUAGAACCUGAUAACAUAGCAUUAUGGAAGGUUCUGAAGAUACACUUGCUUUCUGUUCACACUGGCCCUGGUGUGCAUUCUGUCCCAAGAAGCACAAAAACUUAAACACACACACACACACACACACACACACA